AUGGUCGACGUCGUACGUACAAAGUCGAGUCUCUUCCGUCCAUUACAUCGUGCUUCCCCAUCGGUCGAAGCCAACAAUGCUGCACAACUUGCCGCCGCCAUGCCGCGUCCCUCGAGGAGCGUGGGUCAGUCGGCUUCCGAUGCCGCCUCAGCGGCAGAAUUUGCGUCCAAAAAGUAUGUAUGGAUCCCAGAUUCAGCCGCAGGCUACCUCUCCGCUUGGGUCAUCAAGGAAGAGGGCGAUCAAUCGCUCUGCGCCUUGCAGGAUGGCUCCAAUCGCACCGUCCCCACUUUUGAGCUCAGCAAAAUGAACCCGCCCAAAUUUGACAAGGUCGAAGACAUUGCCGACCUCACCUUCCUCAACGAAGCAAGCGUCGUGCACAACUUGCGCCAAAGAUACUUCAGCUCGCUCAUUUACACCUACUCCGGCCUCUUCUUGGUUGCCGUCAACCCAUACCAUACAUUGCCCAUAUACACGGAUGCCAUCGUAGCUGCAUACAAGGGUCGUAGGCGCGAAGAGAAUGCACCCCACGUCUUUGCUCUCGCGGACGAGGCCAUGCGCAACAUGAUAGACAAUCGAGAGAACCAGAGUCUUCUUAUCACCGGUGAAUCCGGUGCUGGUAAGACCGAAAACACAAAGAAAGUCAUUCAGUAUCUUGCCUCCAUCGCUGCUGAUCCCGCCGCACACACCUCUCAGUCGCCUGCCAACUCGCUGACACCCUCCUCGUCGCGAGAAGUGCUGGAUCGCAUCAACGGCGUGGAACCAGUUUCCUCAAAGCGCCUCGGCCUGCUUGAGCGCCAGAUUCUGCAAGCCAAUCCCAUCCUCGAAGCUUUUGGUAACGCGCAAACCAUCCGCAACAACAACUCCAGUCGUUUUGGCAAAUUCGUUCGGAUCGAAUUUACCUCAGUAGGUGCAAUCGCCGGUGCCAACAUCGACUGGUACCUCUUGGAGAAGAGCAGAGUCGCCAUUCGAAGCGAGAACGAGCGAAGCUUCCAUAUCUUUUACCAGCUUCUUCGUGGUGCCGAGCCAGAGCUCAAGCAGAAGCUACUGCUCACCAGCUCUCCGGAUGACUACGCCUACCUCAAGGGCACACGCAAACAUGUCGAAGGUGUCGAUGAUAGCGCCGAAUGGAAGCUGUUGCGUGACGCUCUCAAUACCGUCGGCUUUAUGCCAGAGGAGCAACUCAAUCUCUUCCGUGUGGCUGCCGCUAUUCUGCAGAUCGGAAACAUUCAACUUGCAACCGACCGAUCCGAGCAGGCUCGCAUCACCAAUAUGCCCCAGGUCGAAAAAAUCUGCCAUGUGCUCGGUCUGCCAGAGCAAGACUUCUCCAAAGCUCUCCUUCGACCGCGCGUCAAGGCCGGUCGCGAAUGGGUCACAUCCUCCAGGACAAUGCGCCAAGUAUCCGAGGAGAUGGCGGCGCUCAGCAAGACCCUCUACGAAAAGGCGUUCGGCUGGCUCGUCGACCGUAUCAACAAGGCUCUCGAUCGCCCCACUAGCAAAAGCAGCUUCAUCGGUGUUCUCGACAUCGCUGGUUUCGAGAUCUUUGACGUAAAUAGCUUCGAACAGCUCUGCAUCAACUAUACCAACGAAAAGCUCCAGCAGUUCUUCAAUCAUCACAUGUUUGUCCUUGAGCAGGAAGAGUAUGCACGCGAAAACAUCGAGUGGGAUUUUGUCAACUUUGGCCUCGACCUCCAACCUACCAUCGACCUCAUCGAGUCGACAACUCCCAUCGGCAUCCUCUCCUGUCUUGACGAAGAGUGCAUCAUGCCCAAGGCCACCGAUCUCACCUUUACGGAGAAGCUCAACCGCAUUUGGGGCACCAACAAGGACGGAUCGGCUACCGAUGCAGCAGGUGCUGCCAUGGCCGCCGAAAAGGGUCUUGCCCAUGGUUCUACCAAGUACGCUCGCACUCGGUUCGCCCAAGGCUUCGUCGUCAAGCACUACGCCGGUGACGUCGAAUACCGCACCGACGGAUGGCUCGACAAGAACAAGGACCCUCUCAACGACAACCUUACCCGUGUCAUGUCCGAAUCAACCGACCGCUUCAUCGCUUCGCUCUUUGCUGAGUACGCCGAGGUCGACGAAGAGACAUCGCUCGCUUCAGCACCCAAGCGUCGCAUCAAGCGCGGUGCUUUCCGCACUGUGGGUCAGAGACACAAGGAGCAGCUCAACUCACUCAUGGGCCAGCUCUCGUCAACGCAGCCCCACUUUGUCCGUUGCAUCGUCCCAAAUCCAGAGAAGAAGCCGGGCAAGAUGAAUGUACCGCUCGUCCUCGAGCAGCUGCGUUGCAACGGUGUCCUCGAAGGUAUCCGUAUCGCCCGUCUCGGCUAUCCGAACCGACUGCUCUUCUCCGAGUUCAGGAAUCGUUACGAGGUCUUGACUCCCGGCAUCAUUCCUCCAGGCUACAUGGACGGUCGCAAAGCUUGUCAGAGAAUGGUCGAAGCGCUUGAAUUGGACAAGUUAACCUUCAAGAUCGGCACCUCCAAGAUCUUCUUCAAGGCUGGCGUGCUUGCCGAGAUGGAAGAACGCAGAGAUUCGCACCUCUACGACAUCUUCAGCCGUUUCGGUGCUGCUUGUCGCAUGUAUACAGCCCGCCGCCAGAUGAAGAAGAUCCUCAAUCGUGCCGCGGCAGUACGAACGGUACAACGCAACGCGCGACUGUACGUGAAAUUGCGCGAAUGGCCCUGGUGGCAGCUGUACACGCGUGUCCGACCACUCCUGACUGCUACCAGACACGACGAGGAGCUCAAGCGCAAGCAACUCGAGCUUGCCAUGGUCACCGAACGCGCUGAGCGAGAUCAAAAGGAACGUGAAGCACUCGAGGCCCUCAAGUUCCAGCUCGAAUCCGAGAAGCGCAAGAUCGAAGAGCAGCUCAUCUCGGAGCGAAGCCUGCUGCUCGACAAGGAUCAGGUGCUGGCUCGCUCCAAAGAGCGCGAAUCAGCCCUUGAAGAUGAUCUGGCAGCACUUCAGAGUGACGUCGACCUGCUUGAGGGCCAGCUCGAGAAGGCUCUUGCAUCGCAGAAGGCUACAGAGCAGGCGCACGCCGAACUCAAGCUCGCUUUUGACCAGGCCGCCGACCAUCUUCUCCGUCUUGAAGCUGAGCAAAAGGCCUGGAAGGAAAAGGAAGAUACCUUCAUGCGCGAUCUCAGCAAGCACAGCACGAAUGCAGAACAAUUCCGAACCGAGCGUCAAGUCUUUGUUACUGAGAGGGAUGACUUGUCCCGCAAGCUGCAGGAGAAGGAGCAGGAUCUCGAUCGCGCUCACAAGCGCAUGAUGACUGCUGUACAGGAAGUCGAAGCCAAGCUGCUGGCCGAAGCCAACGGUCGACAGGAGGAGCAGAAACGUGCUCUGCAGCUCGAAGAACAGACGCGCCAGUCUUCUUAUCAAAUCUCGGAGCUUCAGCGUGUUGCCGCAGGCUACGAGGCGCGAGUCAAAGAAAAGGAGCAGGAAGUCAGCCAGUUGCAAAAGCAGGUCUCGGAUCUCUCUCGAGAGCGCGAGUCACUAUCCAAGAAGCUGGAGGAUCUCGGUCUCAAGGUCAGUACGCUCACCUUUGAUGUCAAGUCGGCAAAGGACGAGCAUGCCAAGACCAGCCAGGCCAGAGCCACAUUGCAGAAGGAACUGGACGAGACACGACGACUGAUGGAAGCAAAAAGCUCCGAGGAUGUCAAGACCAAGGAGAUCCAUCGCAUGAAGGAACAAGAGCUCCAGACACUACGAGAGCAGAUGGCCAGCGUUCAGCGAGAGUUAUUCGAGACCAAGCACUCGAACCUUGAACAAAUAUCGGCGCUGCGCGCGGAAAUCUCGGCAGCGCAGAAGGAAGCUCAGGCACACGGUGCUGCACGACAAGGCGCCGAAGUGCAGCUUCGGGAAGCUGAGGUGCGUGUUCGAGAAACGGAUACCAAAAUUGCUGCUGCUGAGAAAGCCAAGCGCGAGGCCGAGACUCUGUUGCAGGAAGCGCAAAGCAAAUCUGCCGUCAUCAACCGUGGUCUUCAGGACGCGCUCAAGAACAAGGCUACGCUUGAGAAGCAGCUCCAAGCAGCCGCUACCAAGCACCAGGAUCUCGAAGACGCGCUGUUGGAGCUCGAACGAAACGAAGCCAGUUGGAAGCACAAAGCUGACCAAGUGGCUGUUGAGCUCAGUGCCGAAUCGAAACGGCGCGAACUGCUCGAGCAGGCGCACAAGCAAGCCGAGCGAAACGCCAACAGCUUGCAGCAGCUCGUGGCUGGCAAAGACAAGGAGAUCAGCGGACUCAAACACGAACUGACGUUGGCGCAGCAGGAGAUGCGUCGGCUGCAAUCGAUGCAGAACAAGACGAUUGUCGAGCACGUCCAUGUGCUAGAGGAAGCGAAAAAGUACACUGAUCGCCAGCUUGCAGAUGCUCAGUCCAAGUUGCAAGAGUUGGCGCACUAUACCAAGACUCUGGAGAAGAGCAAGGCGCGACUCGCGAACGAGAACGAGGAUCUGACGCGCGAAGUGAGCAGGCUUCAGCGAGCAGCUGGGGGUUCAGCAACGGCGACGGCGUCUGCGAAGGUGGGCAAUGGUGUCGGUCUGCGCGGGGCUGUAACCACGUUUGGAAAUGUCGCGCCCUCAAGCGGCGAUGCAAAGUCGAUCAAGAAACUCGAAGACAAAGUUUCGGAGCUCGCUAGCUCGUUGAAGCAAGCGCAGCAGCAGCGAGAUGAGGCGCUUUCCAAUGCGCGUCGGAAGGAUCUGCAAGCGGACGAAAUGGUCAGUCGGGCAAAACGACAGUACGAAUCGCACAUUCAAGAGCUCGAACGGCAGUUGAAGAAUUCGCAGAUUGCGAGGAGCACGACAAUGACGAACCUCGAGGAGCUGAUUCUGGCGGGCCAUGGGUCGCCUCGAGAACCGGCUGGAUCCAGCGAUGGGUUAAGGCAUCAGAUUCUGGAUGAGCUGAGGAGGGGCCACGAAGAGUUGGAACAGGACAUUGCUGCCAAAAGCGACUUGCUGAGAAAUCACAAGGCUCCCACGAACGGUGUUCAAGCAGCUGCGAGAGGAUCUAGCAACUACUAUGUUUACGACAAGCCUCGGAUGCAAAACGCAUCUGGCUCAGGGUCAUCGACGCAUUCGGAUCGCGAGCUUGAAUCGAAGCUCGCCGAAAUGACACGCGCCUACAACGAGUCACUGUCCAACCAACGAUCGACUCAAGCUCAAAUGUCGCAGCUGGUGACGCAGAUCCGCGAUCUUCAAUCGGACCUGGACCAGACCGAGCUGAAAUACGACCAGCUCGCAGCCGCGUACCAGUGCUUGAUCCAGGAAGCCGGCGUAGACGAAGGCAUGAUCCAGAACCUGCAAGCUACGCUGGAAAAAUACAAGAACCAGGCAGACAAACAUAUGGAAAGUUGGAGGAGCUCCACCAUGGAGCUGGAAAAACAAACCGCCAGCCUGAGGAAUAGCGUCGGUAGAGGCAGGGGAGCAAGCAUCAAUGGCGAAAUCGGUGCUAUGGGUAGCCCCACCAGGAGCGCGUUGAGUAUGCACUAG